AUGUCUAAUGACUAUUCCGAUCGACGGUGUCGAAGAAACCCUCUCACUGACAUCUUACAUAGAUACAAUGAGGCUGUCCUGCAAGACAUAGAAAGUCUCCACGCCACACUCAAGGAGAUCGCCAAGAAGGUUGGGGCGUCAGAGCCUGCUGCGCUUCAGAGCACAACAUUGCGAAACUCAACAGACUCUCCUUCACAAAACGGGCGGCCAGCAUCAACCACCAAUGGCAAUGGCUACCGUCUUGGUGUAUCAGGGCAGGACAACCAUGGUCCUUCUUGCGACAACUCUCCCAAAAUCUCCCCCGAAGACGAGAAUCUCCCUCACGUACCGAUACACUCACUGUACGCACUCACCAAACUACGAGCCCUAAGGUCUCCGGAUGCUCCUGAGGGACACUCAAGUCCUGCCCUUCACGACUUCAUCGCCCGCGGAGCUCUCCGGCUCGACGAUGCCGAGCGGCUUUUCCGUCUCUACCGCGAUCGGCUCGAUCCUUUCAUGUACGGGGUGGGUUGCAAGUAUCAGCAGCUCGAUGAACUGCGACGAAGGAGUUCAAUCCUCACCGCCGCAACUCUGACGGUCGCCGCUCUCCAUGACCCACAAGCAAACGGGAUCUAUGGUGUAUGCAGCUCGGAGUUCCGUCGCCUGACGGAAAGAUCAAUGUUUGACCGUCGCGUAGACCGAGACUAUCUUCGGGCGAUGUGCGUUGCGUCGUACUGGCUGAGCGACGUGUCAUGGAUGUUGUCAGGCUACGCCAUCCGGCGAGCGGCGGAAUGCAAUCUGCACAAUAGUUAUACCAGCGCUAUCGAGGAGAAGAGCGAGGAAGCUGCUGAUGGAGCGAGAUUGUGGUAUAUCCUCAAUGUUUGCGACCAGCACCUGGCCACGCUGUAUGGGAGGCCAGCAAUCGUCCAGGAAGACUCGUCGAUGCAACAGUGGGAGAGCUUCUUAGCGUCCCCAGUAUCGAACGAGCAGGACAAACGUCUUGCAAGUCAAGUGGCACUCCUAGGCAUCAUAGGCAGCAUACGAGAGUUGUUCGGUCCAGACAAGGGGCAACCGACACCGAGAUCCUAUGUUCAUCAGAUCACGCAGUUUAACAAGGAACUUGACCAUUGGUUAAAGCAUUGGUCUGAGACGUUACCAGAAGAGUCAGAAAAUAUUGGCCGCUUUCCACGAAAAGGUGCCAAGUUGCAUUUCCACUUUGCAAAACUUCAUCUCUACUCACACAUCUUUCGUGGGCUGUCCGGAGACAGCCCAAUACCUUACCACUUCCUCGACUGCGCAGCAACAGCCAUCUCCGUCGCAACCUCAACCAUCAACUUCAUCUUGACUGACCCGGAUGUUGCUGCUGGCGUGAUAGGCAUGCCUUCGUAUCUUCACUGCAUGACUGCCUUCGCAUGUAUGUUUCUCAUCAAGGUGGCCGUGAAGUAUGGUGGGGAUCUGAUAGAGCCUGACCGCGUCUGGAAUUUGAGCACAAGUCUCGUGAGACACUUCCGAUCAUUGCCAGCUGGGAAAUGGCAUCUUGCAAAUCUCAUGGCGCCAGGUCUUGAACGGAUGGCUGCAACGUUAAAGCGUAGUCAAAAUGGUACCUUGGCUCACUUGCACGACGCAUUGCCUGCAUCAAACGGCGUCAAUGGUACUAUCGAUCCACAGCUAAUACCACCGAGCACUGAUGGGACAUUCAUCGGCUCCGAGGGGGAAUUCUUCUUUGACUAUGACAUGAGUUUUGGCUUGUCGCCAGUGUUCAACUUUGACUUGUCAUCGUUGAACCCCGAAAGUUCCACCUUGCCGGCUCAAGACUUCACCAAUAUGUCAACCGAGAUCCUCAUUACUGGUGCAGCUGGCUUCGUUGGCCAAGAGCUAGUCUCCGCUCUCGUCAAGGCCAAUCCCUCCCACCAGCUCACAAUCACCGAUGUGAUUCAGCCCCCAGUACCAGUCGAUGUAGCAGGGGAGAGCGACAGAAUCAAGUCGCUCAAGGCCGACCUCACCGACCCCGCGGCGGUGGCCGCUCUCUUGUCCAAGAAGUUUGCUGCCGUCUACCUCCUGCACGGGCUGAUGUCAGGGGGCGCCGAAGCCAAUCUCGAGCUUGGAUACACCGUUAACUUUGACUCGGUCCGGGCCGUCCUCGACCACCUCCGCAGAAACUACCCCGGCACCACGGUAGUCUUCACCAGCUCCUGCGCCGUCUACGGCCCCCGCCAGCCCGUCAGUGAAAGCGAGAUCGUGCCCAAGCCCAAGACCUCGUACGGCACUCAAAAGCUCAUGAUUGAGCUGCUCGUGGAAGACUUCUCUCGCCGCGGUCUGAUCGAUGGUCGCAUUGUUCGACUUCCCACCGUCACAGUCAGACCCGGCGCGCCUUCGGCAGCAGCCUCGAGCUUUGCCUCUGGCAUUGUCCGCGAAACGCUGAAGGGCAUCAAGAACGUCCUACCUGUGAGCCGCGACCUCGAGGUUUGGGUCUGCAGUCCCGCUACUGUGGUCAAGAACCUUAUCAAGGUCAAGGAUGUUCCAGCGGAGAAGUUCGGCGAUUCUAGGGUUGUGAACCUCCCUGGUAUCACCGUCACUGUACAGGAAAUUCUGGAUGCUGUGGAGAAGGUCGGCGGAAAGGAUGCUUUGUCUUUGAUUGAGGAGAAGAAGGACCCUGCUAUUCUGGCGAUCGUAGACACGUGGCCGGCCCGUUAUGAUGUAACCAGGGCUUACAGUCUGGGUCUGGAGCCGGAUGGACCCAUCUUGCAAGCUGUGGAAGCUUUUGCGAAGACGUUGAAGAAGUAA